AUGCCGCUCCAUGCAGAUAAGGCAUUGACGGAAAUCUGGAAACUCAAUGGCCCGUUCAGAAGCGCAAUUGCGUUACGACCAGUUUGUUACAAACCAGGGCCGCUCGGAGUUACUAGGGUUGCAGCCUAUGCCAAACUAGAGCCACUCCAAACUCUUCUUAACUUGCCGAGCAAAACCACAAGCCGCAUCUACGCUGAGACGACGACUUUUAGCGCUUCAAGACAUGCCGUCCUAAAUCCCAAGGCCAAUCGCCUAAUGUUAAGUAGCCAAGCUCGCCAUAUCCAAUCUCUCGCCCUCACAAAUACUUUGCAUAAAACAAAGCUAAGCUCAACAACGUGGUUAAGAUCACCCCGUAUCAACGCCACAGCCGCAGGAGAACUAUCAUCAUCGGACUUCUUCUCCACUGUAUUAACGGGACUACAGCCUGCGUCAAUUAAAUUAAGCUUGACUGCCUAG